AUGCCAGUACGUCGCCCGAUGCCGUGAAGAGGAGCCAUUGGUGCAACGUGGCCUACUGGGAGCACCGGACGCGCGUGGGUCGCCUCUACACAGUGUACGAACAGUCUGUCAGUAUAUUUUAUGACCUACCUCAAGGCAAUGGCUUCUGCCUCGGACAGCUAAACCUGGAAAACAGGAGUGAGACUGUGAGAAGGACUCGAAGUAAAAUCGGCUACGGGAUUUUACUCAGCAAAGAACCAGACGGUGUGUGGGCCUACAACCGCAGUGAGCACCCCAUCUUCGUCAACUCCCCAACACUGGACAUCCCCAACUGUAGGACUUUGAUUGUGCGCAAGGUGAUGCCAGGCUACUCCAUCAAGGUGUUUGACUAUGAGAAGUCCUGCCUCUUGCAGCACACAGCUGAGCUGGAUUAUGCAGAUGGGCCCUACGACCCCAACAGCGUGAGGAUUAGCUUCGCCAAGGGUUGGGGGCCGUGUUACUCCAGGCAGUUCAUCACGUCGUGUCCUUGUUGGCUGGAGAUUUUACUCAGUAACAAUCGAUAACAGGCUCUGAGGAAAGGAAAAAGUCAAAAAAGAAAAGAGACACAGACUAUCCCAAA